AUGGGUACCAACAAAGAAAAAACCCCUUGGGACAAGAUUCAGUCCUUCCUCAGCACCGCUUCCGCCUACCCUGAGACCUCCAGUUGGGAUGCGUCAUGUAUGAAGGCCGUCAAGCUCGUCAAAGUCGAGCCGAGCACCGUCGAAUUCGAAUUCACAGUGACAGGGCGAAUGUGCAAUUCGCUGGGAAUAUUACACGGCGGCUGCUCAACGACGAUUCUGGACGUGCUAACGUCGGCAGCAGUGCUGUCAGUUCCCGGUAGCGACCCGACGCUUUCGACGCUCAGUCGGACAUUGACAGUGACGUUUCUGAGGCCUAUACCGGUGGGUACAAAGGUGAGGGUCGUGGUUCGGUUGGUGGCUGCGGGAAAGAAAGAGGUAGAAAACAUCUGGUCCUAUUGA